UCGACCCCCUUCUUUUAGCAGCCAGAUGGCCGGCAUUGUUUUUGGCGGUAUCGCGGCAUGUCGCCGAACCACUCACUGCUUGGGGCUCCUGCGGUCCUCCUACCGCCCUCUUGGGGUUUGUUCAUACCGACGACGUCGAUACACCAGUUCCUCAAAGUCCGGGGAAUCGGCUGGGAAGGAGGGUCCAGGUUCGUUGAACCAAGACGUGGGCGAAGGGAAUAAUGCAGAAAAGAGUACUCUGGGAUUGGGGACUGCACCAGCUCCCCUCGAACCUCCCAAGGUUCCUGGAGAGCGAAGACCGGAGUUGCCGUACGAGGUCAGGCCAGAGAUUCUGCCCCUCCAGGAUCAACCGAACCGCUCCCAGCCUUCGCCUACGGAAGUCAAGCCUCCAAAUCCGCAAACCAUUGUCUGCAGCUCAGAUAACAUAGGUUCCUCAGGGUCCAAUCAUGACAUGGUAGGGAAGGUGGUUGAGUUUGGGUCUUCGGUUAGGACUACAGAAAACAAGGAUAGUGAUUUAAAGUCAGUUCCAUCUCAGUCUACCAACUCGUCCUUUACUAAAUCGAAAGAUGAGCUCAAGCUAAAUAACUUAUGUUCAAUUGAAUCCGAACUAAAGGCGCUGGCAGCUUCUGUGUCGGAUUUCGGUGUUGACCCUUUUCAGAAAGACUGCCCUCUAAUUAAAGCGGAGCUCAAAUCUACUGACUCGACCUCAAAAGAACCUACAGGUGAACAAAAUUUGCUGGGAUUAUCAAAGUCGAUUAACGAGACACCUCAAAAAGCCUCUCCGAACAUUCACGAAUCAAAAGAUAAAAUCACAGCCAAAGACAGUUCCAAGACUCAAAUCAGUAAUACCCAAUCUUUUAGUUCAAAGCCGGAAAAUUCCAAAUCAAAUUCAGCUUCCAAGACUGAUGCAAGUGGAAGCCUCGAUCUUAAAGUUAUAUCCAGCCCAUUACAAAAGGCUCAAACGGGAACGGAUAGUUCUCAGACAUCUACUGCAAAUAUUGAAGGCUUAAAACAAAGCCCUAAUCCUAAAGCCAAAGAAGCACAAACUCCGAUUGGUGAGAGUUCCAGCUUUAACAUGCCUGCGGAAGGUAAGAUAUCGGGUAUCACAGUCAAUUCAAAGGCACUCGGCGACAGAAGUGAAGAAUUUAGGAAGAUGCUAGAUAAAUCUCAUGAAAGGAGAUUCAAUUAUAUCGACAAACCCAACGAGAACGAAGAAAAUCGGGAUAGGAUCCUUAAAUGGGUGGAACAUUUUAAAUCGGUUAGUAAAAAGGAUGCAUCUACCUCCGAAACCAAAAUCAUAAAUGCAAGUGCGGCCCCUAUAGAGUUUAAAAGUGAAAAGCCCUAUUUUAUUGAAACGUUGGUUAAAAAAGAAAAUACUUGGGUUCCCAAAGAUAAGACAUCUCCAAAUACCAGUACCCUCCCCUCUGGUCAGGACUCAACUUCAAAAAAGACCUCUAAGGUUAACUCUCAACUAGAGUUGCCAUUAAAAAUUGUGGCAAAGCAUGAAGCUCCAACUGAGUUUAGAAAAAUUUUUAAGCCUAUUCCGCCGUCUGAACUACAGUCGAGUAGAAAGGACACCAAGUCGGAUUUCAAAACUAAAACAACUAAGACCAAAGAAUUUAUUUCAAGUAAGCCUCUAUCCAGUUUAAAGCCCGCCGAUAGCCAAAUACCAAAUCCAUUUAUUGGCUUAGACAACGCUAAAACAAUUGGAGUUAUUCAUAACGAACCUAAAAGCCAGUCCACAGAGGAGAUAGUGGCCAUGUUUAAAGACGACCACGAUGGUGAGCAAUACAAGAACGAGGAAGGCAAAGUCAACGAACUCUUCGAGACACUUGAAAAAUUUAAUGAUAAUCCAGGUGCUUGGUGGACACUACAAGAACUGUCGUCAGCAACUAAAAGCAGUCAAGCGGAAGUUCUAGCAAUGCUAUCAUCGCCAUCGGACAAAAAAGGACAAAUCGGAAUUCAUGAAAAAGGCCAACUCGAUACUACUGGCUCUGCCAAUAAAUCUGACGAUCACUUCACCAAGCUUGGCCACUUGGACUCAGCCAUCAGAGAAGAGGACGAGACAGAUAAGAAAGACAAGCCCAAAGAAGACUACUUCGUCAAACUUAGUAACUUGGACUCCACUAUACGAGAAGAAACCAGUGAUAAGCCAAACAAAAAGGUCGAGUCUGCCAAGAGUGAAAAGAAUGAAGAAAAGCCGGGAAAGCUAAAAAGCUUUGAUCUAGCACAGAAGGUUUCGUCCUUCGUGAAAUCCGCCGAUAAGAGUGGUAUCAAAAACGACGCUACACAAAAGCCGCAAAGAUUUAAGAAAGGCGAGUCAAGCAGCGGUGAUAGCAAAAUUAAGACUACAUCAGAGCUGACUCCAAGUGAUCUUUAUGAUCCAGUGUCCCCGGAGGUUUCCUCAGUAUCCCUGUCGGAAACAGGUAAAACUGAACUCAAAGAAGAAGCCGAGGAAUCCAGUCCUAGCCUAGAGGCUCCAGAGGUGAAGCCUAAGAAGGAGGAAGCCAAAGUCAAGGCACCCACCUCAAUGGAUGAGACCAGAACCAAGGUGGACGAAAAGCCAGCGGUCGAUGUAAAUCAGCCAAGCAAAGAAAAGCCUCAGUUGGAUGAUGGGGAGCUAGCCCUGAAGCUCCGGGACAAAGCUACGGGUGAGAUCCCAGUGAUCCCUGCUGUGCCGGUGAAACCACGAGUUGAAAAAAGCUUCAUCCAACACUUUUUUGACAAGAUCUUGGGCCGUGGAAAGAGCGGCGAGGGCAAACGGCAAAUGUCUUCCUUUACUGGUCAACGUCGCAUGAGCACAUUUUCAAUGAACAUUUUACCAUAUGGUAUUGGCACAGGGUUCCCGAAUCGGGAUAGUAUGCUGGUCAAGAAAGAGUUAGAUAUGUUCGCAAAAAAAAAUGAUGACACUGAGAUAAAGGGAGGAUCGCCGGAAUGCUCUUCACCCAAAAAGUCCCCGCGUGAGCUUCUCCGGGAAAAGCAGCAAACCAGAAAUAUCAAGAUCCUUGGUGGUUCCGAGGAGUGUGCCAAGAAGAUGAAACGACUGAAGAAGCUCGCGAAGGAAAAAGACGAUGACGACUGCGACAGUUGAUGCUUUUCUAACCAUCUAUCGCGAUUCUUACGUCAGCUCUCGUUCUCUAUAAUUCCAGAUGCGGCAAACACCUCAAGGAAAAAUAAAUAAUCUGCCCACCUACCCGACAUCACGAGACCGAAGAUGUUGAUGUGACUGAAACUGGAUAUCGGGCUGGAUUGAAUAAUGCCUGGACGCAUAUGCCCAAAAUGGGGUCGAGCUGAUGGCAUUUUGGAACCCAAAACAGUUUAUAUUUAAGGAGCUACGAUUUUGGCUUUCAAGUGAUUUUCAUCCGCAAUAAAAUUUUAAUUUCAAAGCAUUAAA